UUUAGAUAUUUUCGUUGACUUUGAAGAAAGAAAAGAAAUGGAGAUUUUGACGAGCAUAGCUAUUACAGUAGCAACAACGAUCUUCAUCGUUUUGUCUUUCACUAUCUAUCUCACGAUCAGAAUCUUUACCGGAAAAUCAAGAAACGACAAGAGAUAUGCUCCAGUACAUGCCACGGUCUUUGCUCUUCUCUUCCACAGAGACGAAUUAUACGAUUACGAGACAGAGAUCGCGAGAACAAAGCCGACUUAUAGGUUCUUGAGUCCAGGACAGAGCGAGAUAUUAACUGCAGAUCCUCGGAACGUGGAGCAUAUUCUCAAGACAAGAUUCGAUAACUAUAGUAAAGGACCUGCUGGUAGAGAGAAUCUUGCGGAUCUUUUAGGACAUGGGAUCUUUGCUGUUGAUGGAGAGAAAUGGAGACAACAGAGGAAGCUUGCGAGCUUUGAGUUCUCUACAAGAGUUUUAAGAGAUUUUAGCUGUUCUGUUUUUAGGAGAAAUGCAUCUAAGCUUGUUGGUUUUGUCUCGGGGUUUGCUCUCUCUGGAAAAGCUUUUGAUUCUCAAGAUAUGUUGAUGAGAUGUACAUUGGACUCCAUCUUUAAAGUUGGGUUUGGUGUGGAGUUAAAAUGUUUGGAUGGGUUUAGCAAAAAAGGGGAAGAGUUUAUGGAGGCUUUUGAUGAAGGUAACGUUGCAACUAGUUCCAGAUACAUCGAUCCACUUUGGAAGCUGAAAUGGUUUCUCAACAUUGGAUCACAAUAUAAACUCAAGAAGAGCAUUGCUACUAUAGAUAAAUUUGUCUAUAGUCUAAUCACCACUAAAAGGAAAGAGCUUGCUGAGGAACAUAACACUGUUGUUAGAGAGGACAUACUAUCGAGAUUUCUUGUGGAGAGUGAGAAAGAUCCGGAGAACAUGAAUGAUAAGUACCUGAGAGAUAUAAUUCUGAACUUUAUGAUUGCUGGUAAGGACACAACUGCUGCAUCACUCUCUUGGUUCUUGUACAUGCUCUGCAAAAACCCACUUGUUCAGGAGAAAAUCGUACAAGAAAUCAGAGAUGUGACAUCAAGUCACGAGAAAACAACCGAUGUAAAUGGUUUCAUUGAAAGUAUUAACGAAGAGGCUCUUGAUCAGAUGCAGUAUCUCCAUGCAGCCUUGUCUGAGACCUUGAGGCUUUACCCUCCUGUGCCUGUGGACACGAGAUGUGCAGAAAAUGAUGACGUUCUUCCAGAUGGACAUAGAGUGAGCAAAGGGGAUAAUGUCUACUACAUAGCCUAUGCAAUGGGUAGGAUGACUUACAUUUGGGGACAAGAUGCUGAGGAAUUCAAGCCAGAGAGAUGGCUUAAAGACGGCGUGUUCCAACCCGAAUCACCGUUCAAAUUCAUAAGCUUUCAUGCUGGUCCAAGAAUCUGUCUUGGCAAAGAUUUUGCAUACCGGCAAAUGAAGAUAGUAUCAAUGGCACUUCUUCACUUCUUUCGCUUCAAAAUGGCUGAUGAGAAGAGCAGUGUGCGUUACAAGACAAUGCUUACACUUCAUUUGACUGACUUCUCAGCGGGAAGAUUGAAAAAAGCAGACAACAAGAAAAGAAAAAAAAAAACUUCGAAAGCAAUGGAGAUUUUGACGAGCAUGGCGAUUAUAGUUGUAACAACGAUCUUCAUCGUUCUGUCUUUUGCACUCUAUCUCACGAUCAGAAUCUUCACCGGAAAAUCCAGAAACGACAAGAGGUAUACUCCAGUACACGCCACAAUCUUCGAUCUUUUCUUCAACAGCGACAAAUUACACGAUUACGAAACAGAGAUCGCGAGGAAAAAGCCUACUUUCAGAUUCUUGAGUCCAGGACAGAGCGAGAUAUUGACUGCAGAUCCUCGGAACGUGGAGCAUAUUCUCAAGACAAGAUUCGAUAACUAUAGUAAAGGACCUGUUGGUAGAGAGAAUCUUGCGGAUCUUUUGGGACAUGGAAUCUUUGCUGUUGAUGGAAAGAAAUGGAAACAACAGAGGAAGCUCGUGAGCUUUGAGUUCUCUACAAGAGUUUUAAGAAAUUUUAGCUGCUCUGUUUUUCGGAGAAGUGCAUCUAUGCUUGUUAGUUUUGUUGCGGAGUUUGCUCUCUCUGGAAAUGCUUUUGAUGCUCAGGAUAUGUUGAUGAGAUGUACAUUGGACUCGAUCUUUAAAGUUGGGUUUGGUGUGGAACUGAGAUGUCUAGAUGGGUUUAGCAAAGAAGGGGAAGAGUUCAUGAAGGCUUUUGAUGAAGGCAACGUUGCAACUAGUUCCAGGUUCACCGAUCCGCUUUGGAAGCUGAAAUGCUUUCUCAACAUUGGAUCAGAAUCUAGACUCCAGAAGAGCGUUGCUACUAUAGACAAGUUUGUCUAUAGUCUCAUUACCACUAAAAGGAAAGAGCUUGCCAAGGAACAGAACACUGCUGUUAGAGAGGACAUCCUAUCGAAAUUUCUUCUCGAGAGUGAGAAAGAUCCGGAGAACAUGAAUGAUAAGUACCUGAGGGAUAUCAUUUUGAAUUUCAUGGUUGCUGGUAAGGACACAACCGCUGCAUCUCUCUCUUGGUUCUUGUACAUGCUCUGCAAAAACCCACUUGUUCAGGAGAAAAUCGUACAAGAAAUCAGAGAUGUGACAUCAAGUCACGAGAAAACAACCGAUGUAAAUGGUUUCAUUGAAAGUAUUAACGAAGAGGCUCUUGAUCAGAUGCAAUAUCUCCAUGCAGCCUUGUCUGAGACUGUGAGGCUAUACCCUCCUGUGCCUAAGGACAUGAGGUGCGCAGAAAAUGAUGACAUUCUUCCAGAUGGACAUAGAGUGAGCAAAGGGGAUAAUAUCUACUACAUAGCCUAUACUAUGGGUAGGAUGACUUACAUUUGGGGACAAGAUGCUGAGGAAUUCAAGCCAGAGAGAUGGCUCAAGGACGGCGUAUUCCAAACCGAAUCACCAUUCAAAUUCAUAAGCUUUCAUGCUGGUCCAAGAAUCUGUCCAGGCAAGGAUUUUGCAUACCGGCAAAUGAAGAUAGUAUCAACUGCCCUUCUUCACUUCUUUCGCUUCAAAAUGGCGGAUGAGAAGAGCAAUGUGUGUUACAAGAGAAUGCUUACACUUCAUGUCGAAGGAGGACUCCAUCUCUGUGCAAUCCCGAGGACAAGCAGUUGAUUCAACAAGAACACUUUCCAUACUUUUAUAGUGGUUCCAUGAGUUUUGGUCAUAUAACCGCAAUAAAGAUGGAACCAGACA